AUGGACAAGAACAGUGUUGAGUAUCAGAGGUUAACAUGGGAUGCUUUGAGUAAGAAAAUCAAUGACUUGGUCAACAAGGUUACUGCUACCAACAUCAAGAACACAGCUCAGGAGCUUCUCUCUGAGAAUUUGUACUGGGGAGAUGGCCUCUUUUGUAGGGCGUGUAUGGCAUACCAGAUGGCGUCUCCGGCGUCCACUGAUGUGUUUGCUGCUCUGGUAGCUGCCGUGAACACCAAGUUUCCUGAGGUGACGGAACUUUUACUCAAGAGGAUUGUUUGGAAGUUCAAGAUAGCGUAUAAAUGGAAUGUCAAGCCCGUACUGAUAACUAAUGUUAAGUUUGUAGCACACCUGCUGAAUCAGAAAGUAGUUGAUGAGAUCAUUGCACUAGAGAUGCUUGAUGUUUUGCUCAAGAAGCCGACCGACGACAGUGUUCAAGUAGCGGUUUAUUUCGUCAUGGUAUGUGGUUCAGCACUGCGGAAGCGCUCUCCUAAAGCCCUUCGCGGCGUCUUCAAGCGUCUUAAAGAAAUUCUUCAUGAAGGAGAAGUAGAUAAAAGUGUUAAGUUUUGGAUUGAGCUCUUGUUCUCGAUAAGAAAAACCAAGUUUCAAGGCUAUCCAGCUAUUCGGCCGGAACUAGACCUUGUGAAGAAUCCGGAAGAGAUCUCAUAUUUUCAUCAAGUCUCCUUAGAUAAGCCCAUGGAUCCAGAGUUUUCCCGUGAUACAUUCAAAUAUGAUCCCAAUUAUCUGGAGAAAUAUGAAGAGUUUACGGAUGAUGAGGAAGGCUCGGAUGCUGAUGUACAUUCAGAGGUAGGUGAAAAUGAAUUAGAUGAUGAAUCGGGUGAAGAAAGUAUGCAAAUUAAAGAUGAAACAGAGUCAAAUCGGGUAAAUCUUCAAAGGACAAAUUAUUCAACCGUCAUGUCCAGUCUAGGUGUUAAGGAAGCUGGUCAUAAGCUUGUGAAAAUUCAUCAUCUAGAGCCUGGUGAAGUUUCAGAUUCUGAAUCAACCACAGAAAGUGAUUGUGAACGACAAAGAAAAAGAAGAAGAAAGUAA